AUGGCUGUUUACGCUUUGAUCUUCGCUGUCAUCAGCAUGGUGCUGGAUGUGACGUUGUUCUGGAAAGAACGACUUUUCUCGUGGUGGAGAUCCAAGUCUCCCCGAACUAGACUGCGCCAUGAGUUGACAAUAUCAACUAACUACGAAGACUGGGAAGAGUCGGCAUUCGAAUUGGACGAGCUUCUCAGCUUGGAUCUAUGGCGCCAAAACCCAUCAAGCAAGCACUAUGAUUCUCGCCUCAUCAUGGGCAGACUGACAGCUCUGAUGACCGCUCGGGAAGACGAUGACAUCUUCACGCUGGUCAACCUUCUUCGAUCCGGCCUCGUCCGCAACCUUGGCAAUAUCACCUCACCCAAACUCUUUUUACAUGCCAACGCGGGCACAAAACUGUUGAUUGACGACUACAUCACACAAGUCGCACUCUCCAUUCAGCAUGUGAUAGCAGUACAGACCGCCCCGGUGCACGACAGCGGGUUUACCUCCCAGGCCAAGGUGGAGUUGCUACACGAUACACGUCAAGCAUUUGGAAGAACGACGCUACUUCUCCAAGGUGGUUCGAUUUUCGGGCUUUGUCAUCUUGGUGCCGUCAAGGCCCUCCAUCUGCAGGGCCUCCUGCCGCGUAUUAUCACGGGCACGGCGACGGGAGCUCUCAUCGCGGCACUAGUUGGUGUGCACAACGAGGAAGAGCUGCUGGGCGUCCUAGAUGGCGAAAAUAUCGAUCUUUCUGCUUUCAGCCGACAACGGGAUGGAACUCAGGCUUCAUCCUGGUCUAGCCAUUGGUUAUUUCCGUCAAGCUUCGCAAAUAGUGGACUGAUGACCCUGGUGCGGCGUACAAAGCGGUAUUUUAGCAAAGGUUACUUCCUUGAAGCCGAAGUUUUGGAAGAAUGCGUUCGCGCCAACUUGGGUGACCUCACAUUCGAAGAGGCAUAUGCUAGGUCCAAACGCAUCUUGAAUAUCACUGUCGCAACAUCGGGCCGGAGCGGAACACCAAACCUCCUCAACUACUUAACGGCACCGAAUGUGCUAAUCUGGUCUGCUGCGGUUGCUUCCAAUGCAACCAACAACUCCCUCUACCCUCCCGUAACAAUAUACUGCAAGGAUGAAACCGGCUCUAUCGUUCCCUGGCCCCACAGCGAGGACGUCAUUUUCAAGCCCUGGCGUCACACCCACUAUGAAGAAGGCGAAUCUCCGCUUUCUAGAAUUGCUGAGCUCUUCAACGUAAACCACUUCAUAAUAUCCCAAGCACGUCCAUACAUAAUCCCUUUUCUCCGCUCAGAGCUCAACUUCCUUGACCGGCGGCCUACAACAGGUCACUGGAAUAUAACUCGGUCCCUGGCUCGCCUAGUUGCUCUUGAAAUCGGACACCGUCUCCGACAACUCAACUAUAUCGGUCUCUUGCCAUCUCCGCUAGCAAGACUUCUCAUCGAGGAGUCAGUCCCCGGAUCCCACCUAACCCUAGUUCCAGACCUAAGACUGCGUGAUUUUCCCAAACUCUUCCAGAACCCAGACCAAGCUAGCCUGGCCCAUUGGAUACUCAAGGGGGAACGCGGCGUAUGGCCUGCUGUCUCCGCACUGAAGGUGCGAUGCGCCGUGGAAAUCGAGCUCGACAAAGGGUACCAAGUCGUUCGAAGACGGAGGCCAGCUGCUGAGACUCUAGGCCCAGGCCUAGGGAUAUCGACGGUGCCGCCGCAGGCAACGACUACGGCGGCGGGAUCGGACUGUUUGAUACAAGGCGUGCCGCGGCCACAGCCGAAUGAGGGUGUUCCGAGGCAGCGACUGGGCUAUAGUAUUGACCUUGCGGGUGUAAAGGAUAGGGGUCCAAGCGUUACGUUGACAAGUCCUGAUCAGCCUUACUCCUGA